AUGAUCUCCUGGGACGACUUCACCGAGUUCGACCCUGCCGACAAAGUCCAUCCAAGCAACAACGAUCCAUUGGGCAUUCGGAGGGAACCGAGAUUCGGCGUAUCGGCUGAUGUGUAUCAUCGAUUCGCCUAUUCGAAAUUGGAUGAACAUCAACGACAACUUGUCAAUCAACAUUUACAAUUUAGACAAAGGGCUCGACUACGCAAAAUGGCUAAGCUAUUCGCCAGACAACCACCCAUCCGCUUUCUCCUCGAGGGCCGCUACGCUUGCAUCUCCAUCAGCAUCGAAAAAGAGAGACAGGGAACGCUCGGAAUUCCGAGGAUGUUCAUUACGAUCAAGCCGGCAAUGACGAGGGACGAUAUUGAUGACGUGACGAUUGACCUCAAUCUACCGCCUCAACCCCAUAAUCAUUCCCGCAGCCCACAGAGCGUCGAUAUCACCAUCAACUGUCCCGGAAUUGCCAUCGCGGAUCGAAAGACUUGGCGAACGCCUGGAUUCGACCCCUCCUACCUUUGUAUUCUUCCCGGCAGCCCGGGAGCCUUGGGAAGGUUCGGCCGAAAAGGAGCGACGAAUUGGAGGAUUCUGGAGGGAGUCACGAAAUGGAUGAUGGGCAGACGGCUGAAUAUACAAAUCGAUCAAGAAUUAGCCGAAACCCAAAGCCCUUUACCGGACGGGCUGAAGGACCUUCGACUUUUCCGACGGCAAAACUUUGCAAUCUGCCCCGUAUUUGGAGACAGGGCCCGUGUGAAGACGAGCAGUCUCGAGCUGGAUUAUUGGCUUCUAUCGGGCACAUGUCCCGAUCAGGCAAUUGUCAUAGCAAUGAAACGGACGGCCGAGGAAUAUCUCAACGUCUACAAGGAUGCGUUUGAUAAGCUGAUCAACACCCAGUUUCUCCGCUUCACGCAAUGCUAUUCGGCAGUGAAUGAUUGUCUCGAAUCCGUUUCAAUUAUUCCACAACUCGUCCAUCAUAUUCUUCAAUCUCCUCUCCCAUCAACCCCUGACCGUCGUCGUCUCGUCAUUAUUGAUACACAGAUUAGCGCCAAUCCACUGCCACAGGAGAAAAUGGAUGGAGUGAAGAUGGAAAUGGAGAGAAUGAUGGAAGGAUUGAUGGAGGAGAUGGACAACAGAGGAUAUCCAGAUGUACAGAUUCACACCCUCGAUGAAGAUCUACCGCCUCGUAAAUCGUCCUGGUUCGGGCAAUUCUUCCCAACUGGCAUCCAACUAAUCAUUUCACAACAAUACCAAGCAUCUCUUUCUUCUCAAUCCAUAUCUACAACAACUCUAAUCAGCCAUCAGCUUCCCUCGGCCAUCGGAUAUCGGGCGCUACCGAUUACGGCAUGUAAUGUCCGGCGAAUUCGACGACGAUUCCCCGCCCACCAACAAUCGAUUACGCCA